AGGGGCUGCGAGACGCAUGCGCUGCGAGCCGCUCGCUCCCUCCCCGCCCACCCCAGCCUCCUCCCUCUCAGCUCUCGGCUGGCCUGGCUCCCUCUCCGCGUCGCCGGGUGCUGAAGUUGGGCGGAUGGCAGCAAGCCGGAUCCUCUAGAGGACGGAGCAGCCCAGCCUCGCGCGCCCUCGGCCCCUGGUGCGCUCACCCACACCCCAAGCCACCCGCCAGCUGGGUUCCCAAGUAGCUGAAAUGAGAAAAAGGCAGCAAUCCCAAAAUGAAGGAACACAGGCUGUAUCUCCAGCACCCGGAAACCAGAGGCCCAACAACACCUGCUGCUUCUGCUGGUGCUGCUGCUGUAGCUGCUCCUGCCUCACCGUCAGGAAUGAGGAGCGAGGAGACUCUGCGGGGAGACCCCCCCACACCACAAAAAUGGAGAACAUCCAGGUCCUAGAGGAAUGCCAAAAUCCCACUGCAGACGAGGUCAAGUCCUGGUCUCAAAAUUUUGACAAGAUGAUGAAGGCUCCUGCAGGAAGAAACCUUUUCCGAGAGUUCCUUCGAACAGAAUACAGCGAGGAGAACCUCCUCUUCUGGCUAGCCUGCGAAGACUUAAAGAAAGAGCAGAACAAAAAAGUCGUUGAAGAGAAGGCCAGGAUUAUAUAUGAAGACUACAUCUCUAUACUGUCCCCGAAGGAGGUCAGCCUGGAUUCUCGAGUUAGGGAGGUGAUCAACAGGAACCUGCUGGACCCCAGCCCUCACAUGUACGAAGAUGCCCAGCUGCAAAUCUACACCCUGAUGCACAGGGAUUCUUUCCCACGGUUCUUGAACUCGCAAAUCUAUAAAACUUUUGUUGAAAGUACUGCCACCUCUUCUUCUGAAUCUUAAUUUUCGUGUGAAAGGCCAAAAAAGAAAUAAUCAUUUCAGAGGGUGGGAUGGGAAAUAUUAGUAGUUAAAUGACAUCAGAAACUGAGUUCCUGGAGAACUCCAGGUUGGCACCCUCGGGAUGCUGGCAAGAGAGAAUGGUGAAGGUCUUUGUCUCCGUUGUUAUCAAGGUUAUCCAUGAUUCUGUUUGGAGAAAAGCCUAUAUAAGACAAUGAAUUGCCAAAUUAAGUCUCUUUGAUUCAACAUUUGUUCUACUUGCAAGCAAACUGUGUUCCUAGUCCUCUGAAGAGUCUCCUAGUGCAUCUCCAGAGGCCGCAUGUGCAAAGUACAGCAGCUUUGUUUGCCUCUUAGUUGUACUAUUUAAUCUGUAGUGUACCUUAUAUAUGUAUUUCAGGACUUUUGUGCAAUAUGGUCUCUUAGAAACAAUUGCCAACAAAUUGGCUGUGGUUUGCAUUUUUUAAAAGCAUAAUCUGAUACAAAAAAGCUAUUUUAAACAUGUAACUGUGAUAUUUAACCAUGCUACAUACUGUGUUUAGUACAUGGACUUUGAAGCCAAUUUUUCUGUACAUGGAAAAAAAAAGUAGCUGUAUAUUUCUGCCUGUUGACGGAUCUGGUUCACUGCCCAAACUCUGGCAUGUUCAUUACAGAAGAAUUUGCUAUGCUUAAAAGAAAAGAAAACAGCAACAAAAAAAAAAACUAACAGUGAUAAGAAAAUUUUACAAAGCACAAAACAAUCUGAAGAUAUCUUAUCUCGCUGAAACGAUCCAAGAGUGAUACUGUUUUUAGGUUUAAAAGAAGAAAUGAGUCUAUGUGUAUAUCAAAUGUCCAAUACUGUAAUUUAUUUAUUAAAGAAUGGCUCUCCAGUUCUAAAACAGUUGUGUAAAGUUAUGUAUGUCAGCAAGAAAACAAGAGGAUGCUUGAUAUUCCAGUUUGGGGCUAUGAAGGAACAGAUUCAGUAGGGAACGCCUACAGGCAGCACUGUGAAAGGCGGCUUGAGGAACUGCAGCUGGCAUGUGGCAUAUUUGCCUGGGACAUCUAAUCCAGUUAAAAGCUUUAGUUUUUCCUAAGCAACAUUUCACAAGGGGUUAUGAAGAUGAAAACUUUGGAUGUCAGACCUUAACUGUUUUCAUGUAGUAUCUCAAGAAAGACUUAAUUUAACAUUGUUCAAAACAAACUAUUGGCCCUCACCCACAAUUAGAAGGCAGUACAGUGCUCAAAUCCUUUAGCUGCCAAUAUUAUUUUUUGUAAUUCCAUCGGCUCUUUACAUGAAAUACCCACCUGACCUUGGCAUGUAUCUCUGACCUUCAGAUCAGUGUCAUAUUGUGCACAAAUCCAAAGUUACAAUCAAUGUCAUAUUUAUAUCAAGGUCUUAUCUUUCAAUAUCACUAUCCCCUGGAGACUAUUUUUUUAAUCUUAAACUCAAUGACUAUAAUGUUGAGUAAUCUAAAAAAUGGAAGAUUUAAAAAGAUUUAUAUCCACUGAGAAUACUGGCCUUAUAUUAAGGAUGAUAUUAAAAUUGUAGGUUUUAUUUGUCAUUUUUUUAACUACCUCUCAUUUUUUUAAUUUAUUAAACAUAUUUUUUUAAAAAGAAAAGUUUGGAGUUUUCUUUUUAAAUUUAUUUUACUUGAAAGGUUGGCAUCAUGUUUCUUUUUUCCAUAAAUUUAAAGCAUUUUAAGACUUGUUUUUUAAAUGAGUAUGAUUUUCUAACUUAUAUAGAAUUCAGGAGCUAUGAUUAAAAGGGCUAUUACCUCUUCCCUAUGCAAAUAUUUUAACUGUUGCAGUGUUUGACAAAAUGGGAUUUUAAAAAGAAUUGCAGAGUAGAAAACAAAGGGUUCUGUUUACACUGGCGUCGCUGACUAUCCUACCAUGUUCAGCACUUUUAAAUACAUUAUUUAUGAAAACAUAGUUAAGAUGCAGAUAGAAAAUAUUUAUAAUAGUCAUCUUUUAACAAAUGCCUGUGGUUUUUUUCUGAAAGUGUUAGCGUGUUUAAGAUGUGCUUUCUCCAUGUCUCCUAGAUAUUUACUAUUCGCGUAGCUUCAGUAAUAUGUUGAGAAAAAAGAUAGUUAUGAAGAUGUUUACAAAAAAAUUUAUUUUUUUCCUAAAGAGUCAAGAAAGCUCAAAACGAGCAUCAUUGCUUCUACUGUGAAGUCCCAUCGUUCUAAACCAUUUAACCAUUUUCUUGAUUAGUGUUUGUUACGCUACUGUGAUAUGUACACUUAUAUAGUAUGGCAUCAUACGUGUUUCUGUGUUUGAGGCGCAAUGAAUUGGUGUGCGUACCAGGAGAUGUGUAAUAUACUAUGACACCUGCAUGCAAAGUUGUUUUUGAUGUAGACUUUAUAUUCCUGCUGUUACUGUGGAUGCUGGUGACUUACUAUCAUGGUUAUCUUGACAAGAUGCUCUGGACUAGUAGGGGUGUUGUCUGCUUGACAAUGCAUCCAAUAUUUUACCAAAUGUAAACGUUAAGGGCCUUCGUAAGGAGUCUUCAUUUCUAACCUGGGCAUUUGCUAUGUUUGCAUUUAAAGUUGCUGUGUCUUUUGGAAACCAGGGUUAAGAAGUUUCAUUGAGAAGGUUCUAGAGCACAUUUGCACAACCCAUGUCAUGAGCCAUGCCGUGUGCACAGUUUUGUGCUAAAUUCCUAUUUCAGGGGGAGGGUUCCUUAUUUCAUUUCAGAAUGUUUUAGGUUUUAAAGAGUAUGUCUGUGGUUUUUAAGGUACGGUAUGAUGUCAUCUGUUUAAAUCACAGAAAUAUAAUAAACAAACAGCCCUCCCCUGGUUCCCUGCCACCAUUUCAGGAGCACACUUGCUUUAUUCAAGUUCAAUAUCAUUCCUCGUGAGUACAUAGCUCCCUGGGGAAAUGCUAGCACUUUAAAAUGAAGCACCUUGUGUUUUAGAUUGCCAAGAUGACGUCAUCUGUUGUUAGAAUCUGCUAGUGCACUCAAAAGAAGUUAAUGCACUUUCUGUAGUACCUAUCUAUCGGCAUGUCUGCUAUGGAGAGAAACAGAUGCUGUAUAGAGAGGUGCCUUGAAGACAGAGGUCCUCAGAGGUGGACCUUCCACAUAGACAUGCUAACACUGGAUGGAUGACUCUUCUCUUUCUGGCUUAUCAUGAUGUUAUCUAAGGUUAUCACAGAUGUUAUGACAGUAUGACAAGGCACACAUGGAUACAAGCAAAACGAGACUUUGAUACUGAAAAUAUGAAACACAAAAGUCAAAAUUCUAAUAUGGUCCUUAAAAAAACUUGUAUAAUGUUUAUAUGUGAGCAGUUCUAACAGUGAUGAUAGCCAGAAUGUUUAUUAGUGCUUUCCAAUGCCUCCUAGUAUGAAGUGUGUGCUAUAUUUAUUUGCUAGUUCAGUGUGAAAGGAGUAGAUAAAGGCUUAUUUAUUGAAAACAAAUACAUGUCCUCCCCUAUUGUGCUGAUUUAAAAUAAUACUUGAAUCUUAAUUUAAGUCUAUUCUUUUUUUCUGUAAUUCUUUAAUUUUCUUGGAAAAAUAGCAUGGUGAUUGUGGGAACUACACUCACAACAAAUAAAAACCAUCAGGUGCUUUGGUGAAGAUUUUUAAAUGGGAGGAAUUUAAGAAAAACCAUAGGGAAAGAACGUUUUGAAAAACCACCAAUUUGUUUUUAAACAGCUAGAAGAUAUAACCAGAACCUGACAUAACAUGAAUUUUGAGUACAUUAAGCUUUAUAUAUUAGCAUAUUAUUUUGAAAUCGGAAAGAAUGUCAAAAGAUUGGCUUACCUAUCUAUUUAGAUUGCUGGUUAAUGGCCAACCACCAAAGUAUGUUUUUCAAGUAUUUGAGUCUUGGUUUUCUAUUUUUAAAUUUCUGGUCAAUAUACUAUGCCAUCCUUAGAAAGAAGUGUAACACAUGUAGUAAUUUUAGUAAUUCUUCACUUGCCACAACUGCAAACAUUUCCACUAAAACAUCCUAAACCUCCCUCUAUAUUAUCCUAUUAUUGCAACACACAGUGCAUGGAAAAAGUAUUAGUUCCCAACAACAAACUUUGGUUUCUGCCUAGGUUAAAAAAAUAUUACUCUUACAGAUAGAACUCGUCCUGAACAGCCAUAAGUGACAGGCUUCUCCACCAGUUUAAGUAAAUAUUCCAGACCAUCAUCCUAGUUCAAACGCUGAGGAGUAGGGUGUUGCCUCAAUUGGGCAAAUGGGACCAGAGACUUGUUCUGUUCUUGUGACAGCAGCUCCGAGUUGGGGAAAGCCGUUAUCGCAAGCACUGAUAGUGAUAACCAAAGGCUAUAUUUUAAUGUCAUGUGUACAAUCUGAAACUCAAUUCCUCCGCAUGUCUUUGUACUAAAUGUUUCCUGCUGCAAAUGUUCCUGUGGAUUUAGCCCUUUAUUGCGGCAUCUCAGGUUUUAAGUGGCUAGAGAUGAGUGUUUUUGUAUGAUAAUCAAACGCCCUCACUUAGGUUUGGGCACAGUUCCUUCUGAAAUGACUAAGCUGAUUUCAAGUGGCAUUUAUAUCCAGAGAUGGUAGAAAAGCCAUUAUCCUGCCUGUAUCUGUCUCUUCAUCUGAGGGUGAAGAAAAUUAAUUAUGGGGUGGUCAUGGGAAAAAUGAUGUUGCAUAUGAUAAUUGAUCAGAGUUCUUCAGGCCAGUAAUAGUCACAUUUUUUUAGGAAGGUAUGUAGUCAAUGUCAUUUUAAUGUACUUUUCCCAAAACUUAAAGGUUUCAUUUAUGACAUUUUCAUAGAGAUGUUUGUUACAUCUUGUUCUCAUUUAUUACCCACCGACUUUCCCUGUGCCCUCUACUUCCUUUGCUUACUUGAAACACACUUGAAAAAUAUACAAAUGAAUAUGAAUUUGCACACACACACUCGUGUGCACACACAUGCCUGCGUGCACAUAUACCCAAACAUACACAAAGGUAGAAACAUAGGAAGUAAAAUGAAUAUUCCCAAGGGUAGUAAGACUAUAAAAUCAAGUUAGUUAGCAAUAUUCCAACUAUGUCAAUGAGUGAUAGAGAUAAUGUUUUGUAAAGCACCAUUACAAAAAUAUUUCUUAAUAUCAGCGUGAUUUCGUCAAUUCUAUCAUGCAUCUGUGAAUAGAAAACAUUAAUGAAAGUGGCUACAUAGUCAUGAAGUUUUUCAUCAGAUUUUAGACUAUUCUCAGCGUUAUAGAAAGAUGAAUGAAGGUGGCUAUGGGUUCAUGAAGACUCUCAUCAGAGUUUAGAAUAUUCUCGGCAUUAUAGAGAAUUCACAAAGGUAGUACAGAAGGGCCUGGUGUCCUACCCCCCUGGGAAGCCAUUAGUCACAACUAAAAGAGUAAUGUUGGCUCACUGAGUCUGAACUCCACUCCCAUAUCCAGUUGCUUCACCUAAUGUCUUCUCUCUGCCCCUCCCUCCGGUAACCACUUUGUUACCUCUCCUCCUGUCCUUCCCGCUGUGACUUUCUAGAAAUGCUCUUGUAUUUUGCAGAACCGUGACAGUUUUGAGAAGAAGCAAAUGUCUGUGUGCAGAGCAUCACUCUGCUGGGCUCUGUUUACUUUCCUCGUAUUUAGAAGGAGCGUUUGGUUUCUGGAAGGAAUCACCAUGUUAUUCUUUUCUUGUUAUUGUAAAGAUUUAUUUGGGCUUAAUGUGUAUAAGUAUUUUGUCUGCAUGUGUGUGUGAGAGAGACAUGCAGCAGAGGCCAGUAGCGCCCCCAGGAACUGGAGCUACAUAUGAUUUUGAGUCCCUAGGUGUGUGCUGGGAACAGAAUCAGGGUCCUCUGCAAGAGCAGCAAGUGCUCUUAACUGCUGAGGCACCCGUCCAGCACUGAAUAGUGCCAAGUUUAUUACAUGAUAUCAAAGGCACAUGCCAGCAGGCUAACUGCUCUUACUUUGGGCUCCUCUUGGUCUCCUAUCACCUGACUAAAGCAUCCCGUGAAAGGGUAGUCUCUCUGCUGGCAAGCAGCACUCGUGCAAAGAGGCUGUCUCAGAGGCAAACGGACUCUGCGUUUACACUGAGCAAGGAAAACAAACAAUUCUGUCAGACUUCUUAGCACUAAUGCUAGGUUUCAUUAAAGGAUCACUAACAAAUACUAUCAAGAAAGUGCAAUGAAUUAGGAAGCGGAAUGGGUCAAAUUCCAAACCAGUGUUAGCUUGAAUAGUCACUUUAUGAAAGUGCAACCGAUCCCCCUCUCCCUGACACACCUUCAAACUUAGAUUCUGUGCAUAUGCUGGAUUUAAAGACUUUAGUUUCAUUCAUUGUAGCAAGAAGUUAUUUAUGACUCAUGUUUAAUGCUUUCCCCUAUACUAUCCACUGAGCCAUGUAUACAGCGCUGAAGUGGUGUGGAAGACUUGAUGUUGUCCCUCCAGCUUUAACCUGUGUGUCACAGUGUUUCUUGUGUAUGGUUUUAAAGAGUUUGCAAAAUACUAAGAAGUGUUUUAAUGAAUUUUAUUCUGUGAAAUUUAUCAUUUUGAACAUGUACAAUUUCUCACUUCCAUGCUCAUUCUAUUUAGUAAUCUAUUUCCAUAUUUUGUAUUCCACCAAUGUAUUUAUUAGGGAACCACACACAGUUUCUGACAACAUAAGUACAAGAGUAACCAUGCUUGGCUAUUUCACAAUACCAAAAUACCUGUGGGUACUCAUAACCGAAGAGAUCAUCCAGAUUCUCUUUCCUGUAGUUUGUUUUUCUGGGGUUUUAUUCCAUUGAGUAGAUUUUAUCAUUUACCUGUGUACAGUAAUAGACUCCCUGGAAGUGCUACAGUUUUUACCGUGUGGUAGAUUUGAGCAUGACAAUACUGUAAGAAAACUCAGAAGUCUUUAAGUAUAUCUGAGUUUUUAAAGUAAAUCAAAUAACAAGUGUUUUCAUUUAACUAUAUUGUGGAGAUUUAUGGAUAUUAUUGUAAAAUGCACAUGCAUUAUACCGACUUUCUUAAACUGUUUUGAAUUAAUAAAGAAUUCUCCCAUGUAUACCU